UUUGUUUUCACGCGUUUGUUAUCCAGUUAAUAAAAAUGAUUUAUUUUAGCGUUUAUGACAUGUAGUUAUGAUAAACAAUAGUUAUUAUCGGUCGGAUGUGAUGUUUUAAUACGUGUCACGCUGCAUUAAUAGUGUUUAAUUGAGUUGUUGUUGUCGUCACUGCAGUUGGCAGCAGUUGAUCAGUUAUUGAUCAGUUAUUGAUCAUCGGAACACAUGAGUGUGUCUCUGGUUGUGAUCAGACUCGAGCUCGCUGAUCAGUCUGAUUUCCCGCAGGGUUUUCAAUACUGCGCCGUUACAGAGAUGUCAGAGGAGGAGAUGAGGGAGAAAGCGCUGGCCUCUGCAAGAGUCACGCUAAGAGGUAAAAUGGACAAGGAGCGAGGGAGUCUACUGCAUCAGCAUCUGGGCAGCCGAGUCAUGAGCGACAUGGUGAUCGAGACUUUUGAACGCAAUGCAGAAGGAACCGAGGAAGUUAACAAAGAUGUGAAAUACACAAAUGACAGUAAUGGAGAUGCCAAAGAUCAAACCGAUGUGGGGACAACUCCAGACUCACCAUCCAAACAGCUACCAGAUCAAAUUUCCUUCUUCAGUGGGAACCCGUCGGUGGAGAUUGUUCACGGCAUCAUGCACCUUUACAAAACUAAUAAAAUGACAUCACUAACAGAGGACGUGAGGCGCAGCGCGAUGAUUUGUGUUCUCACGGUACCAACAACCAUGACCAGCCAUGACCUCAUGAAGUUUGUGUCGCACUUUAAUGAUGUCAUAGAGCACAUGAAAAUUAUCAGAGACUCCACGCCUAACCAGUACAUGGUGCUGAUUGAGUUCAGGAAUCAGGCCGAUGCUGACAGCUUUUACACAACCUGUAAUGGCCGUCGGUUUAACUCGAUUGAAGAUGCCAUCUGCCAGUUAGUUUAUGUGGAGAGGGCAGAAGUCAUAAAAUCUGAAGAGGGGGCCAGUUUACCAGUUAUGCACCUUAUUGAGCUGCCCAAGUGCACUGUGUGUUUGGAGCGCAUGGAUGAGUCGGUGAAUGGAGUGCUGACCACCCUGUGUAACCACAGCUUUCAUAGCCAAUGCCUCCAGAGAUGGGAAGACACAACGUGUCCAGUCUGUCGAUACUGUCAGACCCCUGAACCCGUGGAGGAAAACAAGUGUUUUGAGUGCGGCGUACAAGAGAAUCUGUGGAUCUGUCUCAUCUGCGGGCACAUUGGUUGCGGGCGCUACGUAAGCCGCCACGCGUAUAAGCACUUUGAAGAAACGCAGCACACCUACGCCAUGCAGCUGACCAAUCACAGGGUCUGGGACUACGCUGGAGAUAACUAUGUUCACCGGCUUGUUGCCAGUAAAACUGACGGUAAGAUGGUACAGUACGAGUGUGAGGGCGACACGUGUCAAGAUGAAAAAAUUGAUGCUCUACAGCUCGAGUACUCGUAUUUAUUGACCAGUCAGCUGGACUCUCAGCGCAUUUACUGGGAGAACAAAAUUGUUCAUUUAGAGAAAGACACAGCAGAAGAGAUCAACAAUAUGAAGGCCAAAUUCAAGGAGACGAUUGAUAAGUGUGACAGUUUGGAACGGAAACUAAAUGAACUCGUCAAAGAAAAACAAUCCAUCGAAAAGAAAUGCUCACAGCUGAAUAACAAAGUGGUGAAGAUCAGUCAAGAGUUGAGGGAGGAGCAAGAAAUGAACCGAUGCCUACGAGCCAAUCAGACGGAGCUGCAGACUCAGCUGCAGGAGGAGGAGAGGCGGGCCCACGAGGCCACAGCCAAUAAAGAAGGACAGAUCGCAGAGUUGAAGGAGCAGCUACGAGACGUCAUGUUCUACCUGGAGACGCAGCAGCAAAUCGAUCGUAUGCCCGCAGAUACCCGGCAAGAAAUACAGGAGGGCCAAAUCAACAUCGCCUCGGCGCCCGCCGCGCCACAGCCCGGGCCCUCUGCACAUGGCACCGGGAAACUGUGCGGCAGGAAAGGACGAUCUAAAAGAGGAAAAUAGUGAAUUCGAAGAGGAUGGUGGAAUUUAUUAACUGCACAUUUCGGCUGCUUGUCUUCGCAAAGUCUCCAAAAAUAUUCUGUUUUUGUACUACAGGAAAUGCUGCUUUUGAAAUGAGGGUGAAUAAUCACCGUCCCUCAUAUUCUGUCUACAUUAAGGCUCUAAAAUAAUGUCAUUUUUUCUGUAAUAUCUCACGUGAGAGCACCAAUAGUGCUUAGAAAUAUAGCUUUACAUGUUUCAUAUGAAAACAAAGUGCUGUUAUUGUCGCAGAAAUUUAUUUUGGUAUUAUUUCAUAUUUAGUGUCCUCAUGAGAGGAAUAUCUAAGGCUGAAUUCCUUGGAAUAAAUUAUAAAGCUGUUGAAAAUUCUGGAUGUUUGUGAAUGGUU